AUGGCAGCCAUACUAGUAGCAGCUGCAGCAGAAGCUGAGGAAGUUCAGCCACAUCCUGGCCGUGUAUUAAGAGACAGGGAGCAACCCCUUGACUCUCUCACCGAGACACAGUUGCUGAAGAGGUACCGAUUCGGUCGCGAGGCAAUAUUCUUCAUAAUCAAUCUUCUUACCAAUCAAAUCGCACCACCCACCGAACGCAACCAGGCAAUCCACCCGACACUCCAAGUUUUGAUCAGCCUCAAUUUCUUCGCGACCGGAUCGGUAUUAGAAAGUGAUGCCAACAUCCAUCGCAUUCACCGAAGCACUGUGUCUAGAGUAAUCCACAGGGUCUCUCAAGCCUUGUGUGAACACAAGAGCCAGUUCAUCAAGUUCCCAAGGACCGAUGAAGAAACAGCUGCCAACAUUCAGGAUUUUUAUAGAAUUGCAAGAUUUCCGAGAGUGGUAGGGGCUGUUGAUGGUACCCAUGUGUGCCUUCAUGGCUGCCCAUUAGGCCCCGACGAAUACGUUUACACCAAUAGGAAGGGCAGGUCUUCCAUCAAUGUCCAAUUAGCUUGCAAUACAAAAUUCCAGAUAAUCAAUGUCGUUGCAAGAUGGCCGGGGAGUACCCACGACUCCAGAGUUCUUCAGAAUAGCAGACCGUACCGCAAGUACAAUAAUGGAGAACUGAAAGGGAUCAUCCUCGGCGACUCUGGUUAUCCCUUGAUGACAUGGUUAAUGACCCCCAUCCUUAAUCCACAGACACCAGAGGAACAAGCCUACAACAAUAAAAGAUUCAGACAGCCAGCAGGAGACGAUAACGAAGAUGACCACAUGAUCGAUGACAACAUGGAAGGAGAAAUCAACAGGGAAAGGGGAGAUGCAGCAGCCAUCGCUGUCCGGGCCCAGAUCGUACAGUCUUUUGUUGUGUAG